AAGUACCGCGGCGAAAAUCUAAAUUUGUCACCAACUUCACCAACUUGUAUAAAUUUUAAUUAUUGCAAGUUAAAUUGUAAAAUAUUUGGUUUCCGGGUACGCGUGGUAUUUUUGGUUUUGGUAUCUAUAACAUAGAACAUCCAAAGGUUAAUCAAGUUAAUAACUCAUAACUGAUAAAUUUGCACAUUCAGGCUUCUGGCAUGGGGGUGACGACAUAUGAAAAUAUUUUAUUUUAAAUAUCUUUGGGUGCCAUUAAUAGAUAGAAUGGAGAAGUUGAGCAACCAAAUUGGUUAUUUGGUACUGCAGGAUGACGGGGCGGUCAUAGAGUCUAGUGGAGAUUUGGAAAACGAUGAACGAAGUGCAAAUAUAUUCCUGGAUCUCUUGCACCUCACAGAAAGUGUUGACGACAACUUCAUGCCAAAAAGCAGCUGCGAACGCAUUUCCAUUGUGUAUGAUGAUCAUAGUUAUAACAUUUCCAUGAGCAAUCACCGAAUAUUCAUAGUAAAAUUAAGAAGUGUAACGCGUGGGAAUGCUGGAUAUGGUACUUCUAACAGCGGAAGCAAUGUGGUGUUUGCGGAAAAUGAGAGUUCGGGUGGUACAUCAAUAUUAGCUUGAGACCCUAAUUCACCAUGCUGUAUUCUUUGCCACCGAAAUCGAUCUACGCAACAGAUGAGAUCUUACCAUGGCCAAGUACGCCGAUUUAACUGGAAAACGCCUUUCAUUUAUUUGAUUAUACUUUUUAUUUGUCAAAAAAUACAUCAUCUGUGAAUUCUUUAUCAAAUA